AAACUCGUCUCUUGGUCAAGCUCAUUUGACAUUAUUGAAUUUUACUCAAGCCUACAUCAAAUCUGAUCAAUCUCCUGCCAAAAACCAAGAAAAAGCAUAUCGAUGGUAUCGACCACCACAAACAUAUGUUCAAUCGUUCAAACACAGUCCAACUAAUGAUGCAUCAGUUAUUGUUGCUAUUCUUUUCUGGUUAUUGACUAGUAGGAUUCCUCAACACAAUGAAAAUGUACUUCCUCAUCAAGAAUUUGAAGUACGCGACAAAAUCAUUAAAAAAAUUUCUCGUGAUAUUUCAUCUGCAAAAAUCGAUCGAUUGAGAACAUAUUUGAUUGAUACAUUUAAUCGUGCUUUUGGUUUUCGUGAAUAUGAACCAUGGACAAUUGAAGAUUUAGAAUGUCGAAUCAAAUCUGUUCGGGAGUUAUUAACAUCGGAUGUUUCAAAACUGAAUUCAAUUGAAAGUAUUUUCCAGAAUCUACUUCGUUUGACAGCAUCGCAUAAGUUUAUAGAAAAAAGUACUCAUCCCGCUGCUAUUCAAAAAGCAGCCGAUACAUUUACCCAAGUUAAAAAGAAAUUUUCAGAUUCACAUUCUGAUAAAUUUAUGUGCUCUGUUACGGGCUUUCGUACUGUCUAUUCGUUACGAAAGCCAGAAAAUAAAAAUCGUGACGAGUUGAAAUUUUCCCGGUUAAAUAAUGCACAACAUCCAAUGAACGAAUAUCGACAUGAUGAUUUUCUCACAUAUUUUUGGCGUGGUCAAAGUUAUUCUGUUAUAAUUACUUGUUUUACAAAUACUAAUGAUGAAGGUAAAAUUAUAACAUUAGCAAUCGGUAGUACUGUUCAUGGUAAAAUGAUUCAAAUUCCACUUGGACAAUAUUCGAUUGCUCAAAAUUAUGUAAAAGAAUUAGAACAAAUUUUCGAUGCAGAACUCAAGAAUCUUCUUCUAUCAAUAUAUAAUGAACAGAAAGCAGCACAGCAAUAA